AUGUCUCUCUGGCAACACUAUCGAGCUCUGCUAUACAAGAACUGGAUCCUAUGGAAGCGGAAAAUUUUUGGCUCCAUUUGUGAAUGGCUAUUUCCGAUCGCCUUGUUAUUGGUCUUAGCCAUUUUAAGAAGUGCCAUCAAAUAUACAGAUCAUGGAAAAUCCUCUUACCUUGAAAAAUCAGCAAUGACGGUCUCCUAUGACGGCAACAACUAUUUUGGCCAAUAUUUCGACCCUGUUGUUAAAAUUCCAGAUUUUCCAAAAGGUCAUGAAAAUUACUAUAGGGAUUACUAUGAUCAAGAUAAAAGAUGGAGGAUAGCCUUUAUAAAUGAGUACAAUGAUCCUUAUUCAGAAACUCUCAUAACCAGGCUAACUGAUAGAAUAAAAGCUGAAGGAAACGACACAGGAUUCCCUUAUGUAGUUGAUCGUUAUGACUCAGAGGAUGACUUAGAAGAUUACAUCAAGAAAAGUGGCUACGGAAAGCAUAGCAAAAUUUGUUUCGCAGUGGUCUUUUAUAGUAAAGACUCCAAAAAUAUCAAAUAUAGCUUCAGGUUCAAUACUACUGAAUCAUAUAGCUCAGAUGGUAGUGGCCUCGGGAAUUGAAUUGACAUAUUUGAUUUCCUAGACAAUCAAAAUAUUAACAAAUAUACAAAAGAGCCAAAGCCUGAUUUCCAAUAUCAGUAUAUUGGCUCGAACUUUAUUCACAUGAUGAACUAUAUAGAUAACAUCAUCCUUCAAGAUUUAUCCUCCAAUUCGAAUGCUCACUUCGCAGCUGGGUUUGUGCCUAUGUACUAUGAUAAGUACACUAAAGACAACUUCAUCAAUGCAAUUUCAGGGACACUGCCAUUUUUCCUUGUCAUUUCUUACUUGGUGCCUGUGUGCAGAAUGCUGUCUAUGAUAGUACAAGAAAAAGAAUAUAAAAUCAAAGAAAUGAUGAUGAUUAUGGGGCUUUCCAAUAAAGCUUACUGGCUGUCGUGGAUUACUUACUACUUCUCUGUAUAUACGAUCAUAGCAGGAGUUGGAGCCCUUAUUUCAAUGAUCCUUUUUAAAUAUAUACAUAUGAUAAUAAAUAGGAAUUUUAACUUUAUCUUAUACUAUAGUAUUGUUUUUUGAGUAAAAGAGAAUAGCAACCCAGGCAUCAUGUUUUUGUUUUAUUGGCUAUAUGGGAUCAGCUGCAUGACUUUCAGCAUUUUUAUCAGUAUGUUCUUUUCCAAGUCCCGAAGCGCUGUAAUGCUAGGUCUUAUGGCUUUUCUCAUAACAUACUUCAUAAGCUUUGCAGUCACUGAUCACACUUUAGAUUCAGAAAGUAAAACUGCUUCAUCGCUACUGCCUAAUAUUGCUAUGACUUUAGGCUGUGAUGUUCUGAUGCAGAUGGAAAAUGGCCAAGUCGGAGUGCAAAGCGACAAUAUCGACGAAGAGGUGUACCACUAUAGCUUUGGUACUUGUAUAUACUUUUUAAUAAUUGACUCACUCCUCCCUUCGUGAGCGAACAAACCAUUGAAAAAAUUACACCUCUGUGAGUGAACAAAAAAUGGUUUUAGUAUAUAUGAAAAAGUAUUUUGAUAUAUAAGUGUUAAUUAUUAUAAUGAAAUCUCUAGCUAGUUCUGUUUAAUUUUAUACAGCUUGCAUUUUAAAAUAUAAAUUUUACAAAUUAAAUAAAUAGUUGCUUUAAAUUUGGAUUUUUUUUAAAUUUUGAAAAAAAAUUACUAUAAAAUUUAUAUAAUAAAUUUUAAAAAAAAAUUAACUUAACUCCCCCCCAUCCUUGAUCGAACGACUCGCCAUCGUUCGAUCAAGGAUGGGGGUUAAAAAAAAUUUUUUUUGGGAAAAAAAAUUUAUAUAUAAAAUGAAAAAGAUAUAUAUAGAUUUUUUUUUAUUUACUUUAAAUAAGAGGGUUAAGAGUAUUUAAUAAUUAUUUUUACAGCAAAAAAUUGAAUUAAUUUCAUAAAAAUACCAAUUUUUAAUAUUUUGAUUUAUUAGUUACCCUUUUAAACUGUAUAAAUUUUAAUUUAAAUUAAAUAUUUUUUUAAAAUUUUAAAGAAUCUCUAUUAUUAGCUUUUAAGCCUAGGUUGAUGUCUAAAUCACUUCGGAUGGUUGAUUUCGCAGCUUUCUGUCGUCUCAAAGCUCUGAAAACAACUUCAUUAGGCACAUCUUCCAAAGCGUUUGAUAACUAAUAUUUUUUAUAUAUAUAUAAAAAUUUGCAUGAUAUGAAAAUCGUUCGAUCAAGGAUGGGGGUUAAUUUCCCCAAUUUUUUAGGAAUUUUUACAGUCAAUCGUUCGAUCAAGGAUGGGGGCGGGGAGUAAGCAAAAAAAUAUUUUGUUUCGCAAUCGGGGAGUCAGGAAUUUUUGUAAUUUUAGCAGUGUAUCUUGAUCAAGUUUGGCCUACUGAAUGGGGAGUUAAAAGGCCUUGGUACUUUUUAUUUACUAAGUCAUUUUGGAUUAAAAGCAAAAAGAGCGCACUUGAAAAUUUAUUUACUCAGGACAUCAAAUGGGGAGAUAAUGUAGAGCAAGUUGAGGAAGACUUGGAAAAGCAGAAAGAAAACGGAAAUGCUCUACUUAUAAGGAACUUUAAAAAAGUUUUCGGCAAUAAAGUAGCAGUUGAAGAUAUAAGCCUAGAUAUUUAUAAAGGACAAAUUUUUGCAUUAUUAGGGCAUAAUGGUGCAGGAAAAACAACAACGAUCUCAAUGAUGUGUGGACUUAUACCAACUACAUAUGGGGAUAUGAAGCUAAAUGACAUGUACUUAUCAACUCAUCUCAAUCAAAUGAGAAGAUCUCUUGGAGUCUGCCCUCAACACAAUGUGCUGUUUAAUGACUUAACUCCUGAAGAGCAUUUAUAUCUUUUCGCCGUAUUCAAAGGAAUGCAAAAUAAGGAAGAAAUCUACAAACAAAUCAAAGAAAAGUUAUCAGAAGUAGAUUUAAUGGACAAAAAAGAUAAGCGCACUAAGUUUUUAUCAGGGGGUAUGAAAAGAAAAUUAUCCUUAGCAAUGGCUUUAAUAGCUGAUUCUCCUAUUAUACUAUUAGAUGAACCGACUGCUGGCAUGGAUCUUACAGCAAGAAGACAGAUGUGGGAUAUGCUCAAAAACAACAAAAAUAAUAGGAUCAUCAUCCUAACAACCCACUAUAUGGAAGAAGCCGACGUUUUAGCUGAUAGAAUUGCAAUUAUGUCACAUGGAAAGCUCAGAUGUCUUGGCAGCUCUCUUUUCUUAAAAAAACGAUAUGGAGUUGGCUAUUAUUUAACUAUCGUCAAAGAAGUAGGAGUUGCAAGCAAAUCGCAUACGCAAUCAGUCACAGAUUUUAUUAGAGAUUACAUUCCUGAAGCUUCUAUAAUGAGUGACGUCCAUGCUGAAAUUUCAUUCCAAAUCCCGAAUUCAAGCUCAAACAAAUUUAUAGCAUUUUUCACUGCUCUGGACCAAAAUCUGAAAAAUUUACAAUUACGGUCUUAUGGUGUGUCUGUAACAACUCUUGAGGAGGUUUUCUUGAGAGUUGCAAGAGGAGACGAUAAUGAAAUCGCUAAAAAAGACGAUGAAAAAGAAAAAAUAGAUGAAACUAAGCUUGAAAUCGAUUUUGUUUUAUCCAGAGAUAAGGUGAGGGAUUCUCUAUUAUUCCGCCAUUUUUGGGCUUUAUUGAAAAAGAGAGUUUUCUGGUCAAAGAGAGACUUUAAAAGCUUGGUAUAUGAAAUUUUAGUGCCUAUCUGUAUGGUAAUCAUUGGACUUGGACUUAUGAAAAUUGGAGGUGACUUUCCGCCUACUGAUAAAAAGAAGCUAACAGAAUCUUCAUACCCAGAUCCUCAAGAUACAAUUUACUAUUGGCCACCUGGAACCAAUGUUGGACCUUGGUCACAAUAUAAAAGCUCUGAAACAUUAAAUAUUAAUGGCACACUAGAAGGUUUUGAUCAAUUUUUAUUUGACACUCGUGAAGAUCCUGACCAUUAUAGAAUGGGCUCGUAUUACUUGACAAAUAUGGAUGCUACUAAUGAUCAGUAUCAAGCUGUUAUAUUCCACAACCAAACAGCUCCUCAAGCAACUGGAGUAUAUUACAACAGCCUUUCAAUUUAACUUAGAAAUGAUUCAUUACAAUACUCUCCAACCAGGCAACCAUUCCUCGAGCUCUAGUAGUAAUCUCGCAACUCGCACUAAUCUUGAUCUUUACUUGCUUCCUAUGAGUAUUUUACCUAAAGAUCUCUCAGCGAUGCAAGAGGAUAUGUGGUUAAGCCUUUAAAUUGGAACUAAAAAUUUUUCCAAUUUAAAAAGAGAGUUAAUUUUUUAUUUUUAAAAUAUUAGAUGAUAAAAAAUAUUUUUAAAACAUUAAAGAAUAUAUAUUGGCCAUUUAAUUUAUUUUUAUCAUAUAUAUUAAUUAAUUCAAGGCUCCAAAUAUUUAGCUUGCAUUUUAUUUGCGCUGCCUCAAUUAAAUUAGUCAAAACUAUUUUUAUAAAAAAAGUAUUUUUAUUUUUUCCAAUUUAAACGGGGUCGAUUUACCAAAAAACUGGAAAUUUUACCUAUAUUUUGUUUUUAUUUAAAGGAAGGGAAAUAAUGCUCUUAAAACCUUAAGACCAAGUCCCAAAAUGUACCCUCUUGGUGUACGGAUAAGGGUUUAUUAGAAACCCAAUAUAAAACUGCUAAAGUAUAGAAUAGUUCUUGGCGAGGACUAACUCUGAUGGCAUCAUUUUAUUAUUAUACAAUAACCUUUCAAAUCAAAUUCUUUCCAAAUAUGGCGUGAAAGUAACUGUUUAUAACUACCCUCUUCCAUAUACUAAAAAAGUUCAAGACCUGAAAGGCAUUGGAGAUGGAUUUGCAGCUUCAGUUGUAUUUUCAUUGGGAUUUAGCUUUAUUCCAACAGGUAUUAUUGCUUUAAUUGUAAGAGAGCGAGAAACAAAUGUUAAACACCAGCACAUGAUAAGCGGGGUUUCAAGAUUAUCCUAUUGGUGUGCUAAUUUCUUCUGGGAUUCAGUCAAGCACAUCUUUCCAGCUGUGUUUUGUUCUUUAAUGGUAAAAGCUUUUGAUGUGACAGCUUUUACAAACACUGAUGAUGAAUACUCAGCUUUAUGGGCUUUAAUGCUUUUAUACGGGAUUUCUAUUGCCCCAUUUACUUAUUUUACAAGCUUUUUCUUCAAGACCUACCCUACAGCACAAGUGGUUACGAUUUUAUUCAAUGUGAUUGCUGGAGGAAUUCUCCCUGCAAUUAUUUUGAUUCUAUAUUAUUUUGAGUCUACUAGAAAUCUUGCACGAGGACUUAGAUGGAUAUUUAGGCUAAGCCCAGCAUUUUGCUAUGGAAAUGGAUUAUUAGAUAUAGGAAGUGUAACUGCAUAUUCAAACUGGGAUGGAGAAAAUGGUGUGUACAAUAUAUAUGAUCUGAAUUCGGCUGGUGCUGACAUUUUAAUGAUCGGAAUCAUGAUCCCGGUUUAUCUAUUUUUAGUUUAUGUUCAAGAAUAUGUAGAAACUCAUCAAAAAUUACUCCAAAGAUUCUGGAAAACCCCUCAUGUGGCUCCAUCAGACUAUGAAGCUGAUGAUGAUGUAGAAAAGGAAGCAGAAAACGCUCUGAGUGUUAGCCCUUAUAUAAGUAAUUAUUGUGUCUCAGUAUGGGCAUGGCCUCAGGCCAUGAAGCCUCGAAAGCAUAUUUAAUGUAUCAGACAGGUUUUGCUAGAUCAGAAAUGGAUAGCUACACUUAGGUAAGCAAUUCUGGUAGCCUAACUUGAUUCGAAUCAGGCCUGGAUUUUAGUUGGGGCAACGGAGGGAAUGAGAGGAUAAUGGAAUCUGAGAGAAGCUUAUCAGUACCGCUAGGCCAUUUGGGCAUUAUCCAGCCUGAAAACCGGGAGUUACUUCCUGGGGUUUCACAUUUCCAUUUUGCUUAGAGUCAGAGAGAAAAUCCAUUUAUUGAAUUUCUAUACAAGCAGCCUACAUUCCAGCCUGAGAGCAGGAAGGAAAACUGCCAAAAUCCCAAAGUCAGCGGUCCAAAACGUAAAGUCGAGUAAGGUGAGUAGGCCAUGCAUUAUUGAACUUUAAACUUAUAAAUCUAAGUUAAGCCAGGUAUUAACCCUCAAGACGUUCAAGUCAAUGUACGAAACAUCAGGAAAAUCUUUAGGCAAGGAAUGAAUAAAGCUUUUGUUGCUGUAGAAGAUGUGAGCUUUAAUGUUAAUCAACAAGAAUGUUUUGCAUUUUUAGGGGUAAAUGGAGCUGGAAAAACUACAACUUUCAAAAUGCUGACUGGAGAAAUUGCUCCUACAACUGGAGAAGCUUAUAUCUGUGGGCACAACUUGAAUACAGAAAUGGAUCAUGCUAGAGAGUUAAUUGGAUAUUGUCCUCAAUUUGAUGCUAUAUCUGAAUUGCUUACAACCCGAGAACAUUUAAGACUUUAUUCAGAUAUAAAAGGGAUUCCUAAAGAUAGAAUAGAAGCACUUGUCGAAGAAAUGAUAGACCAAAUGGAUUUAAGACCUUAUGCUGAUAUUUUAGCAGGGACCUAUUCAGGGGGCAAUAAAAGAAAAUUAUCAGUUGCGAUUGCGCUAAUUGGGAAUCCAAGAGUAGUUUUCUUAGAUGAACCUUCAGCAGGAAUGGACCCAGAAACCAGAAAGAAAAUGUGGAAAGUCAUAGGAAAUCUCAAGAAAAAGAACUCUUCGGUUAUUUUGACAACUCAUUCUAUGGAAGAAGCUGAAGCUUUAAGCGAUCGUAUGUCAAUUAUGGUUGCAGGAAGACUCAGAUGCCUAGGCACAGCUACAUGGAUAAAAAGCAAAUUUGGUGACCGCUAUGAAUUUGAAGCCAAAGUUGAAGUUCCUAGCCAUUUUGAAGUAAAUGAUAGAGGAAUGGUUUUAGAUCGUAUCCUUAUGGGUGAAAACCAAAUUUCUGAACAGCAAAUUUUGCCUUGUUUAGAAACUCUCAAUGCAAAGGCUUUUUAUGAAGAAAUUCACGAAAGAGGAGCUGGCUCUGCUUUACAUCAACAAUUAAAAGUAGAUGGAUACAUAUCAAGGGAUUCUUUAGUCUCCUGGGUUAUUAUUGAAGAAUUAGGUGAUAAGAUUUAUGAGUGGCUUAAAAGCGAAUUCAAGAAAGUGGAAAUUAUUGAGCAUUUCUCAUCGCUUUAUAAGUUCAAGAUCUCAAGGGAAGAAGGAAAAUCAAUUGGAUACUUUUUCUCAGCUGUGGAAACAAAUAAGGAAGCUUUGAAAAUUUAUGAAUACGCAUUGUCUCAAAGUUCUUUGGAGCAAAUCUUCAAUGAUUUUGCAAAGAAAGGAGAAGAAGCACAAGCGGGACUUGUAAGAAGAUAUGCCCAUGGAGCAUAA